AACAUUCAAUUAUCAAUUUAAUCAGUCAUAAAAUGUCGGAAAUGUUAGGAGAAGGUGAACAGCCUCCGAUCCCUGGAGAAGGUCAAACCAGCCCUAGAGAAGACACUGCAUUGCCCAUAACACAGGAGAUAAAAGAUAAAAAACUGUCAUUCGAAGAAGCAUCUAGAAGUUUAAAGGUGUUAGGCAAAGAUGAAAGUGGAAUUCGAUAUGCGUAUCUGAUGAUGAGUCUCAUGAAUCGCAGUCUAACAGAUGUGUCUGUUAUUUUGAACUUCAAACAUGUACUAUUCCUUGACCUUUCAGGAAAUUAUCUCACGUUAGAUGAUCUUCAAGUUUUGGUUGACAUGCCGUUUUUGAUACUUCUAAAAGUUGACCGUAACAAAGUCGAGUCUGCGGCUUUAGGAUAUAUGCCUUAUUUGCAAGUUUUGUCUUUUAAUCAGAAUAAAAUUAUAGAAACCAAUGACAUAUACCAACCACUAUUGGAUAGUUUAGAAUUGCACUAUAAUUUUAUUUGUAACGUACAAUUCAAUGUUGAAGGCUUAAAAAACCUAAAGCAGUUAGAAAUGAGAAGUAAUCAUCUUUUGGACUUGAGCGGAACUUUUCCUACGAGUCUCGAAAGGCUCUACUUGGCAAGAAAUCAGAUUAAAGACAUCAACGGUGAAGACUUAGCGAAGCUGGAAAACCUUGCCAGAUUGCACUUACGAGACAAUGACAUAAGGAAACUGAACGGUUUCUCCAGUUCCUUAAAACACCUGGCGUACUUAAAUCUGAGAAAUAAUAAAAUUACAAAAAUGCGGCAGUGUCAGAAGCUUCAAUGUCUCAAGGCUUUGAGGACCCUGAUAGUUAUAGGUAACCCGUUUUGGCCGGACGAACCAAUUCCAACCGGCGAAGAAAAACCGGAAGAGGAGGCUGGUGAUGAAGAGGAAGCGGGAGAGGGCGAACUUGAUAACAGAAAGAUAGAUUUCAGAAGAGUAAGUUUGCUUGUUCUUUUGCCUUGGUUGACCAGGAUUAACAAAGAUAUGGUAACGAUGGAUGAACGCCAGUUAGCGAGAGAAAUUAAACAAGAUAAAUAUUUAGACAUAAUGGCAGAGUCUAGUAGUGAAGAAGAAACGGAUAUGCCAACGACUGCGGAACCCGAAGAAAGUAUGCUUGACGACUAUCAAAUAGCUACAAGCAGUGAAUAUGAUGAUGAUGAAGAGGAUGAAGAAGAAGACGAAGAAGAAAACGAUGAAGAAGGUCAAUCUCCACCACCAUCACCAAUUAACAUGUGAAAUUUACAAGUAGUUUCUUUGCGUCUAUAUAUAUAUUGAAAAAAUCAAUUAUACUUAUAUUUUACAAUUAUUACAUUGCGUUGUCAGUGACAUUUACAAAGUCGGUAGGCCUGAGGGUAUUUGUGCAAAAGUAUAACCGUUUGCAUAUUUUAUAAUUACAUCCUAAACAAUUCCAAGGACGAUUACAUAGGUGGCUGAAUGUCCUUUAUAAAAACUGGAUUAAUGUCAAUUACCAACUUUCUUAACUGAUUGGCAAUGAUGUAGUGCAGAGAAGAAACCAUGGAGUAAUUAUACCUAGUAAUUCAGGAUGUAGUGAAAUUCAUUAGUUGUAAUUACACAUAUGUUUAAAAUAAAUGUUCAAUAAUCUUUA